AUGAGCGACCGCAAUGACGCGGGUCCCAGCGAGUCGCUCUCGGCUGCACAGGAAACACGGCUUCAGCUUACAGGCUACUUUUCCAGUGCGCUGUCGCUCGCAGGGACGCUCUACGUGCUCAUCCACUAUGGCUACGUACAUUGGUGCAGACCUAGUGCUCUACAGCUUCCUCAACAGCAGCUUGCGCUCCAAUUGCCACGUCGUCGCCAAGUGGAUUUCAUGGACAAGCUCGUGUUUGUAUUGGCGCUCUUUGAUCUCGUCACCAUUGCAGCGCGUGCAGUCGGACGCAGUGUGAUGCACGACUCGGUGCUUUGCAGAGCACAGGGGGCGACUAUACAAGCAGCUACUCUAGCCAGUUGUAUCUGGAUUUGUUGCAUGGCUUACAAUCUUUACCGUUGGAUUGCGGGUGGCGAGUCGGACGCUACGCGACAAAGAAGAUUUCCACUCUUUUUGGCCAUUGCACUUGUGCCUGGAGCAGCUGUUGUCGUCUACCACCUCAUGACAAACAAGUAUGGCGACGCGACGUUCUAUUGCUGGCUGGACGAAAUUCGCUACAUGUUUUUGAACUUCUACCUGUUCUACCUACUUAUGAUUAUAUUUAACUUUGUGCUGUUGGCACUCAUUCACUUGAACAUGAAGCAGCGAGUGGCAAGGCACGAUACAGUGGAAGCUGAUACGUCAUCAACGCUCAUUCGUCGCAAGUUGCUACUCUACAUUGUCGUCUUUAUUGCUCAUCGUACACCUAUGAUGAUCUAUCGGCUGUUUGAAGCUGGAGGGAUGGAUAGUCUGAGUGUAGGCCUCACCAUGCAGGUGAUCCAAGACCUAAACGGCUUCUCCAACUCGAUCGUUUACGGUGGCAUUUGCCACAGACGAGCUAAAAAGUUGCCACUGCGGCGUGAUUGUGAAGCGGAAAGCUUAUCUUCAUCUACAAACAGCAUUGCAGGCGGCUAUGCUGCAAAGGAGUGCACUGCGAUCGCAGAGGAUGAUCUCGAUGCCAUAUUCGGUUCAUCCGCGAGGAUUCGAACUACACUGACCCUAUCGGGACAUAAAAUCUCGAGCGAGUUGGAAAGUAGAGACUCAUAUGCAGACAGGAAUGCUCACCAUCGCAUGACUCAAGUGGUGAAUCAGGAAGAGCGCAGCCCUAGCUACCAGACUUGGCAUCAACGCUUGCAAAAACGUUUAUCUGCACCGUCGCCUUCCUCCGUAGAAGCCAAAAAGAUUGUGAUCUUCACGUCCACCUUUAACAUGGGCGAGAAGGAUGUUAACGAAAGCGAACUGUGCGAAUGGAUUCCAUUAGAACAAGAUGUCUACGUGAUCGGUGUACAAGAGUGCAUGGACCUCGCUGAUUUUCAAAUCAAGAUUCUGCGCCACCUCGUUUCUGGGUCAACUAGUAGAUACGUCCGCUACUCGCGCGAGAUUGGCAAACGAGCUACAGCAUUGGGCUAUCAUGGAUACAUUGCACUAUGCAUUUUCGUACGAGCGACAGCUGUGUCGUCAGGCCGCUUCCGUAUGCGUCAUAGACAGAGCAGCAACAAAAAGGCUCAAGAGGUAUUCUGUGGCAAGUCACUUUUGGUCUUCGGUCGUGCAUCUAACAAAGGUGCUGUAGGCAUGUCUUUUCGGUUCGAUGAUACUUCGUUUGCUUUCGCAACAUGUCACCUGGCGUCCGAUUCAUCAAGCCUGAAGCGAGCUAAACGCAAGAGAAGCUCCAAUGCUGUUUUACAAUGUCAAAAAAGAGGUGACGCUGUAGAAGCGAAUCUGCGGCGGAGUAGUGACAGAGACAGUGGUAGAAAAGCUUCCUUGUCCGAUGGGACAACUACGAAGGCGCAUCAAUUUCAGUCAAAAUUGGAGCGGCGUAAUCGAGACGCAAUGGAAAUUCUACAGCAACUGUACUUGGACGAAGAAGAUUAUGGUUUUGGCUUCCAGCAUUUGCAUCAUCACAGCUUUAUUCUCGGUGACUUUAAUUAUCGGAUGACGCGGAGAAGUGCGACGCCAAUUGACAUGCUAGAGCUACUUGUGAAUGCUGGGACUGAAUACCACAAUACGCGCGACAACGUUUAUACACUAAAUUUGUCGUCACCGUGCUCCCCAGUAACUAUUCCAACAUCGACGCGCGAGAAUUUCUCUCAUGAUAAUGAGAGUGACUUUCGGCAAUGCAUAACACCCAGAAUGCAGAGCUCAUCAACGAUCGCAGCGACUCAGAAGAGCCUUAGAGAUCGGCCUUGUACAUCGACAUGCAACAUGGGUAGUCAUUCGCCGCCGUUCCUACUGCGAUCACUUGUCGAAGAACACGACGAGCUGUAUCAGUUAUGCCGUUCACAGCAGAUUUUCCACGGUUUUAAGGAAAACGAGAUUGCGUUCUUUCCUACUUUUCGACGCAUUCGAGGACAAGCUCUGCGGCAACCACUUGAUGCAGUCAUGUUUCAGCAGAAUUACUCUCUCGUAGCCACUCACGGCGGGUACCGGGUGCCAUCUUACACAGAUCGCGUCUUGUAUAGUUCGCUUGCAGGUACAGAGGAAUCACUUCGCUGCUUAUCCUACAAUUCUUGCGAGGCAGUGACCUCGUCGGACCACAAACCGGUGUCUGCUUGCUUCGAGAUAUCACUGUUGGCGUCGACACAAAAGCCAUCCCCAACUUUACCGUUGGCUGAGGAUUCGCAGUGGAACGCUGACUCGACAGGUGCUAACCCCAUGGUUCUUCACGCUCACCCCUCAGCAAGUACACUAGCUGCUGCUCGAAUGAAAGACGUACCUGGUGCGUGCGAGUUACGUCUGCGAAUUGAGUUUCGUUCGAUUCACUGGGUUGAUGCGGUCGACUCAGCUUUGUUCGACCGCGCUGAACAUGUGCAGUUCGGCUUCCUCUUUCCAUUACCGUGCGAGGAUGUAUUUGCGCCUCAGCGCAAGUUGCAUGAAGUGGCUGAGCACUUGACAUUUGGCGGGUUCGAUACCAGGAACACAGGUGACAUUGACUUUGCGUCCACUGUCACGCCAAUCUCCAACUUCUACACAAUGAGGUGGCAUGAGUUUGUGAAUAGUGGUUUACGGUAUCAUACCACGGCAGGAUCUGUCGGUCGCAAGCACGUAGCUGUAGUCCUCCGCUCUCUAGGGCGAGGACGGACAAUGUCCAAGACCUCAUCGGCUUCGCAAUUGUUAGGACGUAGCAGUUCGCUGUCUCCACAUACCAGCGCCAACUCAAUCGCUUCGACGUGCUCUUCAACCUAUUUCAACACUUCGGUGUCGUCUUCAUCGUUCUCAUCAAAGAAAUUAUUUGGUCACGGCACUUUCUGCGCUGAAGGCAUGAUGAAGAAGCGCGAUGUAUGUGUACCAUUAACUCUGGGCGGACGACUACUGGGUCGACUUCAGCUACGGGUGUCCCUACAAAUGCGUCAGACAAAACAUGCAGACUCGAGAUGA